AUGUCCGGGCAUACUGCAGUGCCGCAGAUGCUUCGCAGACCUGUAGCAAGGCCUGCAGCGGCGGCAGCGAAGGCACUGGCCGUCAUCGCCUCCGUUUUUUGGUGCUGCUCGGGUUGCCAUGGGCUCUCGAAGGGUGUGUCCUUUGUCGCUCAGAGCACCCAAAUGCUGAGGAGCAAUCGCCCAAGAUCUCACAUCGCAUUGAGGGCGACCGCAGGUGAGCUGGAUGCGAUGAAGCUCACCGAGCUGAAGGAGAUCUGCAGAUCCAAAUCUUUGCCUGUCAGCGGCAAGAAGGCCGAGCUGAUUGCUCGCAUCCUUGCGGAGGAGUCCGGAGUCGCCAGCGAAGAGGAAGAGCGAGGGGAGGAAGAGGAAGAGGAGGACAUCGAGACAGCAUCGGAGUCGCCGGCAACGCUGAAGCCGAGACGCAGUGCGCCAAGUGGCUACAUCGAGUCGACUGACAUCUCGGGUCCUCCGGGGAAGCCGAUCAUCUCAGGCGACACAAUUUACUUUCUGGCGAGAACCGGCAAGUAUCUGGAAUAUCCAGAGCACCGGGAGGAUCCAAGAGCACGAGCAGAGAUCAAAGGGCCGCGACAGGCUUUAGUUAUCCAGAAGAGUGGAGGCGGGGCCAUUCAGUCAGGAGAUACCGUGACACUGAAGUGCCACCUCGGUGUUUACCUGGAUUUCGUGGGUACGGCCGUUCGGGCACGCUACACCGAAGUCGGAGAUUGGCAGAAGAUUAGGAUUACCAGUGAAGGCGGCAGUGGGCCUAUCCGCACAGGCGACAUCGUGUUCCUGAGAGGGCAUCAAGACAACGUGCUGGAUGUCGAAAAGGAAAACGUGAAAUGUCGCUGGCCCGAUGAAGGACGCUGGCAGCGCCUGGCCGUUGAGAAGUGA